GCUCGGCGACUAGCCGAAGCUGAGGCUCACACGCAGCGCUUGGAGGAGGAAGCCCAACAACGUGCAGCUGAAGCUGAACACAGACGGGAGCAGGAGGCUCGCCAGCUGGCCGAAGCCGAGGUGGAAGCGGAGCGCAAGAGUGAGGAGGAGGCCCGGCGGCGUGCCGAAGCCGAAGUCGAGCGAAAGCGAGAGGAGGAGGCUCGGCAGCGUGCAGCAGCUGAAGCAGAGCGCCAACGCGAGGAGGAGGCACGCCAGCGUGCCGAAGCCGAAGCCGAACGCAAGCGGAAGGAGGAGGCACGACGUCUUGCUGAAGCCGAGGCAGAAUUCAAGCGUAAGGAGGAGGAGGUCAGAAGACGAGCAGAAGCCGAGGAAGAGCAGAAACGUCGGGAGGAGGCGCAGCGAGCGGCCGAAGCUGCGAAGCUCCUGGAAGAGGAGGCGAGGCAGCGUGCCGAAGCAGCCGAAGCUGCGCGUGCUGUCGCUGAGGCCGAGGCUGCCCUUCGAGCCCGGGAGGAGCAGCAAAGCUCUAGGAGGCACAGCGACCCUGAGGCGGUUAUCCCUUGGCCCCGAGGCAACCAAGGCGGUGACACAGGAAGUACCUCCACUCAGAAAACUGCAGCGGAGCACGCCGAGGAGCUGCGACAUUGGGCCGGUGAGCUGAGACGAUGGGCUGAAGAAGAGGAGCGUUCGCGAAGCCGGCGAAGCCAAUCUUCGCAAAGUGCUGCGCCACCGGAUGCUGACGAUGCUGAUGGUCCUGCCUUUGAAGAGGUGCCGUCAUGGACUUUCGACGGGCAAAUCGGAGGAGUUGCUGCACCUGACCCAUGGGAGUCAGCUACUUCGAAGCCAUCACAUUCCGAGGUCCAUCCCUGGCCCACACGGACAGUGGAGGAGCCGGCGCUGGCAAGCCGGGAGCCUCCCAAGAGGAGUGAAACAGUGUCCUCCGCACCUGCUGCCGAACCGGAGGCGUCGAAGAGCCCGCAGAGUUUUCUGGGCUCAGAGGAGGAUUUCGCCAAGCGGCACGAAGCUGCUAUGCGUUUCGUGGAGGCGCUGAAAAGCGCGACCCAAGCCGGAGACACCGCCGGCUGGCCAAAUGCCAUGCCGGGUUCGAAGCCCGAAGUGGUCGAGGACUCAUGGGCCGCGCCAAAGCCAGCCGAAAGGUCCGGUGACUGCGUCUUCCAACCCGCAGCUCCGGCGCCGCCACUGCGUCCG